AUCUGCCAAAGUUAAAUUCAAUCUUCAAUCUAGACCAAUGCAAAUACUACCCCUAAACUAUAAUGUCAUGUCUCUUACAACUUUCAAAAAUCAUAUUUAACGAUAUGAUGCAAUUCAAUGUCAUGAAUCGAAAAUCCCAUUGAUCGUAUUUGCGCAAAACUGAGCAAACACAUUUUUGUGUAGUCUUGAAAUGAUUAACCAAUGUAGGCAUAUUAGUGUGUUUACGCCAGUGGCGAUGGAUUGUGUUAGUGGCCUUGUGCCACUAUGAUAUGGGUUAUUCCCGAGUCUGUGAUGAGCGCAGCGGUCGGUAGGUGUUUGUAUGAUGAUAAGUUAGUGCGUACAGUCAGUCUCUGAUGGAACUCCGUGGAAUACAGACUGGUGCCGCAACUGAGGCAGAAGUAGGGACCAUUUAACUUCAAUUUUGAGUUUAUUACUAUUUAUUUUAUUAUGUUAUUUUAUUUUCUCUCAAUUCAAGUGUGAUCACACUCCGUUAAGACUGGGAAAAAAUUAUCACAGUGUAUUCACAUUUUGGACAAUAAAUACCCUGACUAUCAGAAAGCAUAAUAGGACGAGAAAGCUCCUGAAUAAUUUUAUGUGCUCUAUCAAUCUACAGUCAAGUAUUUGUUCCAAGAAAACGAGCAGUGUUUCAUUUGUGUGCGCGUGGAUUUAAUUUUCGGAUAUCUAUCACUGUCAAGCAAUAUUGGAUCCGUCCUACACAAAUCUAGGCUGUGCUGAUGUCGCCCGCGGACAGACGCACCGCUGGAUUGUAGCAGUGCCGAUGGAUUAAAGGGCAACCUUAAAACCUUUUGGAGGGCGCGAAGGGAGCGGGGCAGCAGGAUGAGUGAGAGACACACACAGCAAGGAAGUAAAGGGGUUCUACUUCUAAUGGUCUGCAUGGUGACUCUGCUGGAGAUGGCUAGACCAACAGAAGGUCACAGAGUGCAUCAAGUCAGAACCGGCACUUGCGAGGUUGUGGCUUUGCAUCGAUGCUGCAACAAGAACAAAAUAGAAGAACGUUCCCAAACGGUUAAAUGCUCCUGCUUCCCUGGACAAGUGGCCGGGACGACCAGAGCUGCCCCGUCUUGUGUAGAUGCCUCUAUAGUGGAGCAGAAGUGGUGGUGUCAGAUGCAUCCAUGUCUGGAUGGGGAGGAGUGUAAAGUCCUCCCAGAUCUGAAGGGAUGGAGCUGCGCCACGGGGAACAAGAUAAAGACCACCAAGAUCUCAUCGGACAGGGAUCAGCUCUGGUAACCCUUGAUGCCCUGGAACCGAAUCAAGGUGGAUCAAUAAAUGUUACUGGGUCUUUACCUGUGGAAUACCAUCAUGGACUCAAGAACAUUGCAGUGACCCUUUUUGUAAAUAGAGACUCCCUCUAUUGGAGACUAUACUAUGAAUCUUCUGGAAGACUUACAAGCACAGGGUAACAAAGGACAUCUGGAUGAGAAGAGUGGACACUACUAAAUGAUUGCUCAGUAGAGGGGACCUUUAUUUUGAAAAGCCCAGACAUGACUAUCACUACAUUGGGCAUCAGGAUGUCUUUUUAUUCUCUAACAUUGUUCUGCUUAUAGUGGAUUACAAUGGUGAAUUUUGCCUAAACAUUAUUUGUAAAGUGAUAGUUUUUUUCCCCUUAGAAUGCAUUGUGCAUCAUUACUGUAACAGAGUAUCAUCAAUAUCAAGAAUUUCCCCAAUGAAUAUUAGGGACGAGUCGAAUUCGAUCCCGUUUUUAACAAUCAAAUGGUGGUCAGAAAAUGGUGAGAAGAAGAAAUAUAAAAUUGGUGAACCUUAUUGUAUUGAGCCAAUCAUUGAACAUGUAGGGUGAUUUUCAAAGAUACAAAAAAGGCACAGGUACUGGAAUUGGCGUAUGUACACCUCCAUAUUUCUUAAAUGGGUGGCCAUUAUUAUGGGUGGCCAUUAUUAUGGGUGGCCAUUAUUAUGGGUGGCCAUUCUCGAUGGUGCUGCGUGCAGGGAACAUGGCUUAUUCAAAAGAGAGUUGCAACCAAUGACCAACCAAUGGCAAGUGAGAGAAUGUGAUGUAUCCAAGGAUAAAUACAUGUAGACUACUGAUGUAUAGGGCAGACUACAAUGUAGCACCAAAACUGAAAAUUGAAGUUCAUGUUUGAUUUGCAUGUUUUAUUCCAAGGGUGUUAUCUUUCAUUUGGGGCACUAGGUACAUACUUUUGAAAAUGUACACAUUUAAUGAAUGUGGUGCGCAAAUGAGUUACCCCUAGUGUGCUUAGCGUUUGCUUAGGUUCUUUUGAAAAUCAUCCUGUCAACUGCCAGUGGAUCCAGUUAGUUUGUUUAUGUUGCACAAUGCUGAGGCUCAGAUUCGAAUGUCCAUGUAAAGUUUAUGUUAAUGUAUGCAAGCUAAAAUGCAUUCAUUCUACAAUACUGGCUAUAGCCCAUGGGGUUGGUAGGGGCCGGUUAAGUACUUUUUAAAAUUAAUUUCUGAUUCGCUGAUAACUUUUCAGCAGGUCUCUGACGCUUCCUUCGUCUGUACAAUUGCUAACAUCUUCGAAUAAUAAACUGUGGUUGUGUCUUAACUUAA